AUGUCCAGCCUCAAAAACGAAAUCUCCGCGUCCGACUUUGAAGUCGAGGCCCAAGAUGCUCAGCGCCAGGUCCAGCACCAGGCCAAGCUGCGCCUCGUCAGCCUCGUCCACGGCAUCCGCGUCGCCCUCACCGUCCUCGCCCUAGCGGCUGGCAUCACCGUCCUCGGCGUCGCGGCCAACGGGCUGAUUGUCUACCACGAGACGUAUCUGCCGCCAGACUUUUUCCUCCAGCUCUGGCCGGCGCAGUUUGAUCUGCGGCCGACACAGGCGCUUGUCGCUGGGGGGGUGCUUGUGGUUGUGGCCAAUAUCGUGUCUCUCUUGUUCAGCAGGGUUCAGGCUCUCCGAAGCAAGACUGGCCUCCACGCAAUCGCCAGCCUCGCCGCGCCCGCCAUCGGCUUCGUCGCCUCUCUCGUCGCCAUGUCCCUCUUCUACGCCGUCAACGCGUCUACCACUGUCGACAGCCUCCAGAGCUGGUCGUGUCGCUGGAAGGACGUCCCCAUGAGGACGCAGCCGCACUUUGGCACCCUGUGCAGGCAGAGCGAGGCCGGCGUCGCGCUGGCCGUGCUGCUUGUUCCGCUCGAGGCGGCUAUUCUUGCGGUUGCCGCUUACCAGGUUGUUCUGGAGCGGCAGGCUGCCAGGGUGUGA